CACAGACAGAUCGCUGCUGUGGGUGAUACGUGUAGCGCAAGGUAACCUUACUAACUUAAGGUAGGUAGCUGACGUACGCUUCUGCUAGGCAAUCGUGUUUUCCCCAUGCAGUGCAUGUAUGGCAUGAAGCACUGGCAGUGUGGGUAGUGAACGAAAGGUAAACUAAACUGAUGCCUAAAUUAAUAAUGGACUGGGACUGGGACCGGCAGUGCAGUGCCUGAUUGAUCUGCGUGAACUGCUAGAUGCAGUGAUAUAGGAUAUACAGAUACCUUAGUACCUUAGGUAUAGAUGUAGAUGUAGGUAUAUAAGGUAUGGUUGUGGUUCGUGGUCGAGGUUGUUGGAAGUUGUCAUACUCAUACUCAUACCCAAGUGGUGAAACAGCAUUUGUCCUCCUCAUCGUCAUACUACUAUUCUUGCGAUUGCAUAUCUCAGAAUACAUACCUGACCUACCACUACCACUACCACUACCACCUUGACUUGACUUCUCAGCGGUUAUUCUUCUCUGGAAGUGAAGCCGUCUUCAAGUUAUUACCUACCUACCUUCUUGUCUUGUUCUUCCAACUCCAUUGUACUGCCUACUCCGAGUCAUCCGAGUCAGCUUCAAUUGAUUGUCCGGUUACCCAAAGUAUUGGCACAACACAACACACCUCGUCACACAUCAAAUCAACAGCAGACAUGUCUUUCUCAGAUGAAAAGAGUGGGCAGACUGGCUCAUCAUCUUAUGUGCCUCCGCCGGCGACAACCGACUACCACUGGCAGCAGGAGACUGGUGUCGCAGGUAGUAUCACAUCCGAACUACCAUCAACAACACUUGGCCCAAGAUCAGGAUCUCGAUCAGGCUCAACAUCAACAGCCGGCGCUUACGAAGAUGCACCACCGCCUCUUCCUCGACGACCUACCGGCGGCACUACUACUUCAAAGUGGGAGGGUUACGGUGACGAAAAGAGCCAAAGCCAAUAUCAGACUGAAAAGCAGCAACAUGAAUCCUUUGCCAGUGCCAAUGCAUCAUAUAAUCAACAUCAACAUCAACAUCCUGAAUUACUCUUCUCUGAUCAACCUCCUGCCUACAAUCCGAGUGGCUAUUCUGGCAAGUCCGCAUUCCAACCUGGUGUCCAGCCUGGUGUCCAGUCUGGCCCCCAGCAAUUCCAACCACCUCCACAGCGUUACAGACCAAAAUUCGAAGACAACGACAACCCGUCCGAUCCCGUACAUUACAUCCGCAACCCCCACAAACUGAUUGGAUACCUGGUACCAUUUCCACGACCGCAAUUGCCGAACGUCAAACCAGAAGACAUUCCAGUCCGAUUCAUGAUCUACACGCCGCCACCUCCGCCACUGCAGAAACCGGCAGACAACCAAAAGGAAGGCAAAUUGCACAAGGUGCAGCGGAAAUGGCAGGAGGAAGUCCGCAGCGCAAAGACCAGUACGGCCAAAACGGCCUCGUGGCAUGGUGUCAAGUCCAAGGCGACCAGGGGCAUCAACUGGGCCAUGAAUAAGACGACGACGGCCAAUUUGGACUUUUUAGGUCGAGUUUCGCCGACGCCAACGCCGACGACACCGCCACCAGCCUCUCAGGGUCAGAGUCAACUUCAUUCUGACACCGACGGGAGCUACUCCGAAAGCCUAGAUCAAGGUCCAGGUUACGAGAACCAGACGCAGACGCACAAAACUGUCGGUGUGGAGGAGAUGGUCAUGGUCUACCCAGGCAGUUUGCCGUUGAAUGAACAGCAAAUGCGCGAGGAGUUUGUCAACACAAUGCUGCGGACAAAAACAAAGGCGCAACGCGACACCAUCAUCGCGACGGGACUCAUGCCCGUCACUUACGGGAUCGACAUUCUCGCCACCUUCAUUUGGCCUUUUGGCGGGUUGGGCGAAAUCGACACCGUUUGGGCUUAUGCGUCCUUCCGCGGCGCGAAGACGGCCCGCAGCGUGACCAAACGGCUUUCAUCUAGCACGGACACGUCAGACGAUCAAGAUCGGCUCAAACUUACCUUUACGCACUCGGCGCGGAUCGAGGUGUUGAAAAAAUACCUCGAUGCACAAUGUCACAGGGCCGAUAGCACGUUGUUCCCGUCCUAUACGUCGAGUCCGACGGAGAGCGAUGUGCUCGAGGCGAUUGGGUGGACCCCGAGCGAUCGUCGUGGAUUGGAUCAGGAGGACAAAAAUUGGGAAGAUGAGCAGUGGGAAAUGAGUGAGGUCAAGGAGGAUCUGAAGAGUGUUUUCUCAAAGGCGGCUCGCGAGUGGAGGAAAUGGUGUCGGUUGCUGGAGAAGAAUCCGGAGAAGGCUAUGAAGAAGUGAUCUGAUCAGGAUCAGGAUCUAUCAUUAUUGAUCGCGGCGGUGAAUAUCCCAGAAUAGACACCGCGUGCCGGCAGUCCUUGGACGUCAUAGGACAACUCUUUUUUCAUUUCCAUGGUUCCUGAUUGUUAUGUACCAAUCCGGAGCGGACUGGCUGUGGCAAUCAUCGCGUGUCGGCGAUCUGAGUUUCCUCCGUCUGCGCGCCGUUUGGCACCAAAAGACGAGGUAAAUCAACGGCGUCGAAUUGAGGGAAGCCACUCUAUCAUGAUGCCACCAUCACGGUGUAUGUCCAUGUACGCCAUCGCUAUGAGUUUUCAGCCCAACAAGUGUCCCGUUGUAGCCCAUUUGAGCCCAGUGCAGUCUAUUAGGUACAGUAUGCCUUGAACUGCGCCUAAUAAUAUCCUCUUGGUCCGACUCGUA